ACGGACUUCCAUGUAAGGGGCGGAUCGCUAUUUUUGGCCUCAGACCGAUAUGGAUAAAGGGAUCCCACAUCGGCUGCAGUUCGCCACUCGCUGCUUGCUCCCUUGCAAGACAAAAGCCCUCAAAAGCGCGUCGCCGAUUUUUACACUCGCUCCACGAACGUAAUCACAUAAAUCAAUCAAGAUGUGUGACGAUGAUGUUGCGGCGUUGGUCGUGGACAAUGGUUCCGGUAUGUGCAAGGCCGGAUUCGCCGGAGACGAUGCUCCGCGAGCCGUGUUCCCCAGCAUCGUUGGACGCCCUCGUCACCAGGGUGUCAUGGUCGGUAUGGGUCAAAAAGACUCGUACGUCGGCGACGAGGCCCAGAGCAAGAGAGGUAUCCUCACCCUGAAAUACCCCAUUGAGCACGGAAUCAUCACCAACUGGGACGACAUGGAGAAGAUCUGGCAUCACACCUUCUACAACGAGCUCCGCGUCGCACCGGAGGAACACCCGGUCCUCUUGACCGAGGCUCCCCUCAACCCCAAGGCCAAUCGUGAGAAGAUGACCCAAAUCAUGUUCGAGACGUUCAACAGCCCGGCCAUGUACGUCGCCAUCCAGGCCGUCCUCUCCCUGUACGCUUCCGGUCGUACCACCGGUAUCGUUCUCGACUCCGGAGACGGUGUUUCCCACACCGUGCCCAUCUACGAAGGUUAUGCCCUUCCCCAUGCCAUCCUCCGUCUGGACUUGGCUGGUCGCGAUUUGACCGACUACCUCAUGAAGAUCCUUACCGAGAGAGGAUACUCCUUCACGACCACCGCCGAGCGAGAAAUCGUUCGCGACAUCAAGGAGAAGCUCUGCUACGUCGCCCUCGACUUCGAGCAGGAAAUGGCUACCGCAGCUGCGAGCACCUCCCUCGAGAAGAGCUACGAGCUUCCGGACGGUCAGGUAAUCACGAUCGGUAACGAGAGGUUCCGUUGUCCCGAGGCCCUCUUCCAGCCUUCCUUCUUGGGAAUGGAAUCGUGCGGUAUCCACGAGACCGUUUACAACUCGAUCAUGAAGUGCGACGUCGACAUCCGUAAGGAUCUGUACGCCAACACCGUACUUUCCGGUGGUACCACCAUGUACCCCGGUAUCGCUGACCGUAUGCAGAAGGAAAUCACCGCCCUGGCUCCCUCGACCAUCAAGAUCAAGAUCAUCGCACCACCCGAGAGGAAAUACUCCGUAUGGAUCGGUGGAUCGAUCCUCGCCUCCCUGUCCACCUUCCAGCAGAUGUGGAUCUCCAAGCAGGAGUACGACGAGUCCGGCCCCGGUAUCGUUCACCGCAAAUGUUUCUAAGCUGACGUUAACGGCCGCUAUCCGCACAUCCACCUCGCUUAUAAUAUAUCUUCUUUUAUGCCUGGGUCCUAACGGCUCACGAUCAAAACGAAAACAUCUAAAUCAAAAAAUCGAAACAAAAAAGAAAACAAAAGAAAACACAAAGGGACACUCGAUCGCGCGUAUACGCAUUAUCCAACCAAAGAGAGAGAGACAUGGAAGGGAGUACUUAAGCUACGAAACGAAAAAU